AUGUCGCCUUACACAAGCACUGGAGGCGGGCGCGCGCCCAAUGUGUCUCGCUACCUGCGUGACUUGAACACCGUCAAGGAGCCCGGUUCCGCCGAGGAGAACUUCACCUUCGAGGACGAUCUCGCCAUGUUCACAAACACUCAGUUUUUCGACUUCGAGACUGGCCAGCACACCGACUACCAGGCACCGCCCAAGAAGGCCGAGACCGCUACCGUUGCUGAGCCCCAGCCUCCAUCCAGCGCCGUCACCGAAGAAUUGACCUCUCCCAUUGGCGACUUUGGCAAUGUCGACUUUUCUCUGCCAGGCGAAUUCAACUUUCACGAUUUCACCAACCCCUACCCUGCCUCGGGCGUCCCGCCCUUCGCCGAAGGCCUGGGUAACCUUCAACCUCUCCAGCCUAACCCGCAACCCACCUACGCACCGCCUCCUGUAUCUCAGCAGCACAACCACCACUAUGCUGCUCCCACGCCUUCUGCCGCCGAGACCAGAACUCCUGAGUCCUUGAACGGAGUCAGCAGGCCCGGCCACAACUUCGAGGAGCAGUCUCGCGUUGCCGCAGAGGAGGAUAAGCGCAGGAGAAACACCGCCGCCAGCGCCAGGUUCCGCAUCAAGAAGAAGCAGCGUGAGCAGGCUCUCGAGAAGAGCGCCAAGGAGAUGUCGGACAAGGUCUCGGCUUUGGAGCAGCGCAUCAACCUUCUCGAAACCGAGAACCGCUGGCUCAAGAACCUCGUCAUGGAGAAGAACGAGGGCAGCGAGGACAUUGCUUCUAUGCUCAAGGAAUUCCAGAACAAGCAAACCAAGACGACCGCGACAUCUUCGGACUCUCUCAAGACUGAGGAGGCAAAGUAG